UCGUUCAAACGGAAGCUGUCAUUUCUGUCAAAAUUUUAAUUGACAAUAUUGAAUUCUCCAUAAAUUGGUUUCGUGAAGUAAUAUGGUGAAAGAAAGUUUUCUAAAAGAUUUUCUCGCGGGUGGAAUAUCGGCGGCAAUCGCUAAAACUGCCGUCGCUCCCAUCGAACGCGUAAAACUCAUUCUUCAGGUGCAGCAUGCUAACAAACAGAUCCCUGAAGAAAAACGUUACAAGGGCAUGAUGGAUUGUUUUAUCCGCAUUCCCAAAGAGCAAGGCUUUUUGAGCUACUGGCGUGGUAAUUUGGCCAACGUGCUUCGGUACUUCCCCACCCAAGCUUUAAACUUUGCGUUCAAAGAUGUCUACAAACAGAUCUUCAUGGAGGGUAUCGACAAGCACACUCAGUUUUGGCGUUACUUCGCCGCCAAUUUAGCCUCCGGAGGGGCCGCUGGAGCCUCCUCUUUGUGCUUUGUCUACCCUUUGGAUUAUGCCAGGACACGACUUGGUGCCGAUGUCGGCAAAAGUCACGCCGAACGCCAUUACACAGGAAUGGUCGACUGCAUCGUGAAAACGUUUAAAUCGGAUGGACUUAUUGGAUUAUACCGGGGGUUUGUCGUAUCAGUCCAAGGCAUUAUCAUAUACCGGGCUUCUUAUUUCGGCUUCUUUGAUACCGCAAAGGGCAUGCUUCCCGACCCCAAAAAUACGCCGUUCCUCGUCUCGUUUGUUAUAGCGCAAGUGGUGACUACAAUUUCAGGAAUCACUUCGUAUCCUUUUGAUACGGUAAGAAGACGAAUGAUGAUGCAGUCAGGAAGAGCUAAACAUGAUAUUAUGUAUAAAAAUACGUUAGACUGUUGGAUAAAAAUUACGAAAAAUGAGGGACCACUUGCAUUUUUCAAGGGGGCUUUUUCGAACGUCUUGAGAGGCACGGGAGCUGCCUUGGUCCUUGUUUUCUACGACGAAGUUAAAGCUUUGAUUUAAUAUUUGUGUUCGGACUAAACUUGUUGGGCAACCAUAAGUAUUAAAAUUUUUGUAUUACUGUUUUGUGUUAAUUAGCUUUAGUUGUUCUUAAUAUUUUUUUGUUUGUUUUCUAAUGAGUUCGAUAAAUAAAAUUGAUAC